GUUAACUUCUCUUUCUCUUCAUGGAAAAUGUAGUGGAAUAGGGUGACCAGCCUUAAUGCGAUUUGGUAUGACAGUGAACAAAUUACUCCAAUUAAAUUGGAUUUCUGUUACAGACUUAUUAUAACUACUGCUGCUGCAACAACAAAGUCGUGUCCAAUGGGCUGAGAAGAGCAGAGAGAGAGCUCUAAAUCUCUUUGUUGUUUUAUGGUUUUCUUCCACGGGGAUCAUGCGAAAAAUCCAAUUUGCCCAUUAAUGUCAUCUGGUCAUACACCCGGGCCAGAUCAAAGAUGGAGGAAAUAGCGUGUGACAGUGGUACAGAUUUCCCCCAAAGACUUCAAAAAGACUGUGAUAGAUAAUCCAAUUGAAAUGGACACAUCACCUUUAGGUGCAGCUUUGGAAGAAUCAGUGCGUAAUUUCUCUGUCCCCUUUUUUAACCAUCAUUCCUGAGUUAUUAGUUGGACUGAGCGAUGGUUUGUAUAAGGCUGUAAAAUAACAAUGCGUCAUGCUUUGGGGAUCAGAAAUAUUUGGCACAUGUGCGUCAGUUGGGUAUGGCAAUGGGCUCUCUUUUAGUAAAUCCAAAUUUGUAUGCCUUAACGAGCAGGAAAAUUACCAAAUAUAUAAGAUAAAGAUAAAUGAAUGAGCAUAAACUGUAUUUAGGAAGCAGACAUGUCAUUAUGUGACGUGGGUGUAUAGUUGGAUGACAAAUUAUUCACAGUAUUACAAAAUAAAACGCCACUACUCGAAGUCCUGAAAAUAAUAUUCUGAAAAGUCAUCUGCGUAAAAUAAAUGGAACCUGUGUCCUCAAAUCACUAUCCUCUAUAUAAUUUAUACGCAAAGGUACAGGGACAUCGUACAAAACCCCGGUCAAUCUCAAUCAUCUGCUGUCCCCUGAACUCGAAUCUAAGAUGGUUUGUGCGCGUUUGUGUUGACUGGCAUUGGCUGAGUGUGCUGGAUGAAUCCCCCUCAGCCGGCUCCUUCCCUAAACGCGUCGGUGCCCAUCACGGUGAAGAGCUCAUCAGUGUGGACCACAUCUCAGAGCUGCAGCGGAGCUCCGGUCUGGACGCGGGCCAAGCCUGUCUGGUGUCAAACCAGCCUGAACAGAUACUCUCAGACGUCUCAUUUUUUCACCUCAUUCCUGAGACGGGACUCUGCCCACCCCUUGUGUAAAGCAAUUUAAACCUGAUAGCACAUCAUCUCCACUGAAAAUAUUUGCUGGACUAUUAGACAGUCGCGCUUUACUUUUUCCUCAUAAGCACUUUACCACCGUGCACAGCCCGAGCCGGUCAUGGCUUUUACGCGCAAAGCUCCGUUCUCCGGCUGUCUGUGAUAUCUUUUUAAUCCAAGCUUGAUUUGGAGAUUCAACAAGUUCCGAUUUCUCUAAUGUUUUAUAGUUGUCUUUUAUCCGUGGAAAUGCUCCGUCCAGAUCCAUAAAGGACCGACGUUUGUUUAAUAUGAACUUAUUGCCAAGUGGAAUAUGUUUUUAUUUAUCUGUAGCAAUCUGCUGGCUGACGGCCGAGGUCGAUACGUCCUGGUGGUACAUGGGCACCCUGGGUUCCCAGGUGAUGUGCGACAACAUCCCUGGACUGGUGAACAAGCAGCGCCAGCUGUGCCGCCAGCACCCCAAAGUGAUGCAGGCCAUCGGGGCCGGGAUGAAGGACUGGAUCUCAGAGUGCCAGCACCAAUUCCGAAACCACCGCUGGAACUGCAACACCACGGCCAGGGACCACAACCUGUUCGGACGCCUGCUGCUACGCAGCAGCCGCGAAGUGGCCUUCAUGUACGCCAUCUCCUCGGCCGGUGUGGUUUACACGCUGGCUCGAGCCUGCAGCCAAGGCGAGCUGGACUCCUGCUCCUGCGAUCCCACAAAGAAGGGCUCGUCGCGGGACGCCAAAGGCUCUUUUGACUGGGGCGGCUGCAGUGACCACGUGGAGCACGCCAUGCGCUUCAGCCAGGGCUUUGUGGACGCCAAGGAGAGGAAGGAGAGGGACGCCCGGGCGCUCAUGAACUUGCACAACAACCGAGCCGGCAGGAAGGCGGUGAAGCGCUUCAUGACUCUGGAGUGUAAAUGUCACGGCGUCAGCGGAUCGUGCAGCGUUCGGACCUGCUGGCUGGCGAUGGCUGACUUCAGACGCACUGGCGACCACCUUCGCAAGAGGUAUAACGGCGCAGUGCAGGUGGCCGUCAACCAGUACGGAACUGGGUUUACAGCCGCGCACACACACUUCAAACGACCCAGCAAGAAUGACCUGGUGUACUUCGAGGACUCGCCGGACUACUGCAUACGGGACCACGAGUCAGGGUCAGUGGGGACGGGAGGGCGACUCUGUAACCGGACGUCCCGCGGAGUGGACGGCUGCGAGGUGAUGUGCUGCGGUCGAGGCUACGACACGUCGCGCGUCAGCCGGACCACCAAGUGCGAGUGCAAGUUCCACUGGUGCUGCGCCGUGCACUGCCGCGACUGCCACCAGCAGGUCGACGUGCACACCUGUAAGGGCCAGACGUGACGUCGCCGCCACGGAACACUACUGACCGCUCACAUUCAGCCAGCAGUCAUACUGGGCCAGCGUGUAGAAACCACUGCUUUUGUACUGGGCUACUGUCAUCAAGCUGUAAGUGACAAUCAAGGAUGGAUGUUCUGACUCCACGACCCUUUGCUAAGCCCUCAGUGUUUCUGCACCGCACUUCCAAAAUAUUACCUGUCAAUUAAACAGUAGGUAGUUGGGUUCUCUGUGGAUUGGGAUCUGUGGAUGAGUAUCUUUUCUUGGUUUAGCCAUGUUGUGUUUUUGCUGCUCAUGCUCAUUACCCAGCUGUUUAUUCCAAACAAAACAAGGUAACUCUUCUGUCUGCUAGAGCUUCCAGACUCCAGACGAUCAGGGCAGAAAAUGGAAGCGCUUUCAUCAACAUGUUAAAGAUUAAAUGACCGGUAUUUAAAAAAAAUAUAUAUAUCGAUCAACACAAACUAGGUCUUACUGCCAAAAACCUGGUUUUCAAAGGCUGACUGGCUCAAUCAGAUCAAUCAAUCAAUCAGUUUUAUGUUGUUUUGGAGGUACAGUACCACCCUGAG